ACACGUCACAUUCAGAGUCGUCUUACACGUAACUUAUCACGGACAUUACACAUCGUACGUAAGUAUAUGUAGUUUUAGUAUAUUAUUUUAAACAUAAUUUGGCUCUUGAAAAUAAAAACGCAUAUUUAAAUAAUGUCCAGUAAACAAUAUCUCAAAGUAAUCAUAUACAUAUGUUACAGAUUUUUAUAAUUACAUAUAUUAAUGCCACUUAGAACGAAACAAUUUGUAACAUUUUCCACAUUUCGAAAGUACUUGCAAUCAAAAAUGAACAAUGAAAGAUCCAUUAGCAUUCAUUCUGAUACACACACAGAGAUUUAUGAUAUUCCAAUGAACGUACUUAUCCGACCAAUUCCUCCAAUUGUCGAUGAAGAAAAGGUACAAAGCUUAAUGAAUACAUUAAACGAUCCUGAAACAGUAUCAUUGGUACCGCCAAUCGAUGUUUUGUGGAUUAAAGGAAGCGAAGGCGGCGAUUAUUAUUACUCUUUCGGCGGAUGUCAUCGAUAUACAGCGCAUCAAAGACUUGGAAGACCAUUCAUAAGAGCGAAACUAAUACAAUCUACAAUAACGGACUUAAAAUCUUAUUUAGGCGGAUCUACUCCCAAUUUAAAAUAGCCGUAUUUGUAUGUGUUAUCUAUAAAUUCUAUACGGAUCUUUAUACUUUGUUCAGAUUAUAAGUACACUGUAUGUAAAAUUUUCAUAUUUUGUACUACAUUUGUGUAAAAUGAAUCAAACCUUGAUAUGAUAAAAAGUUGCUCAAUGUCUAUAAAAUUGGGAAACCAGAAAUAUAUACACAAUCAUUUUGUAUAAAAGUAUGGUCAUGUUUAAUAUGUCAUAAUAUAUUAAUCUGAAUAUUUAUAGUCAUAAAUCUAUAGUUUUUUGUGUAUAUAUAUAUAUAUAUAUAUAUAUAUAUAUACAUAUAUGUAAUAUAUAUUUUUUUAUAUUAUAUUACAAUAUAUUUAAUAUGUAAUAUAUAUUACGUAUUAAAUAAUAAUAUAUAAUAUUAUAAUAUAUUUAAAUACACAUUUUAUAUAUAGCUUUUAUUUAUUUAUUUAUUCUUUUUUAAACACAUAUACAAAACUGCAAUUUUAAAUUCAUAUUCACAAAUAUCUCUCAUAAUCGAACUCUCAAAGUUUUCAACUUUAUUUUCGACUUGUGCUUAAUUAUGUAUUAUAUUCCUCUGAUGUAAUAUAUAGUAUAUAAUUUUUAAAAUAAGCAUCAAAAAUCUCUUCUCUUUUUAA